AUGCUCUUCUGUAUAGGAUUGUGGCCAGGAAGUCCACUCGGAAGUGAGUUUAUCACAGCUUUCAUGCAGAAUCAUAAACCUGAAGAGGUUCCACAGUUGGAGCUCUUGGUGAUUGGAUCUUCUCCUUCCACUUCGGUUUCCAUCACCAUAAACAAGUCAGAUUUCAGGAAAGAUCUCAUUGUUGGUAAAGGGGAAGCAAUACCAGUUCCUAUUACUGCACCAGUGGAGAUGCAUGGGACGGGCAUGUUCUCAUCCUCAGUGAUCAUUAAAUCUCAAGCUGAUAUAACUGUGGUUUCUAGGAACUACAAAUACGCCAGUGCUGACACCGCUUUGCUGUAUCCAGUGUACCAACUAGGGGUUGAAUAUUACAUAAUUACUCCUCCUUGGAAGAUCGAAUCAGAAUACAAACAGUUCUCUGUAAUUACAUAUAAAACCCCAAACACUGUUGAUAUCUUUCUCAAAGGAUCUGUGAAUCUAAAUGGGGUGACACAUCCAGCAGGCAGCACUCUCACACUAACUCUAGAACCAUUUCAAGCAGUCCAAAUCCAAAGUACAGAUGACUUGUCCGGAACCAAAAUUAUUGCUAAGAAUCCUAUAGCUGUAUUGACUGGACAUACGUGCUCAGAGAAGAAUGGAGCUUGUGAUUAUGUUUAUGAACAGCUCCUACCUGUAACCAGCUGGGGGACUACAUUCUUUGUACCAAGCAUGUCCUUCCAGACAAAGUAUGAUAUAACAUUUGUGGUGGCUUCACAAGACACUUCUCUGGAAUACUAUUCUGGUAAAGAUAAAGGAAAUAAAGACUUAAAAGCUGGAGAAGUUACUCAAUUCGAAAUUAGGGAAAAUUCACCUUUAUCCGUAGUAGCCAGUAAUAGGAUUCAGAUGUUGCUCUACGGCACUGGAGGAAUAUACAAAGACAAAACAUUUGAUCCAUUCCUUACUAAUAUCCCAGACAUUGAUAAAUUUGGCAAUAUGUUUGCCAUUGUUGGCCAAGACAAAUUUGAUACUAAUCUGGCUAUCUUAUUAGCAAAGACCACAGAUCUUUCUGAGAUUACCUUUGAUGGAAAGGCUCCCCAAAAUAUACAGUGGAAGGUUUUCCCAGGAACAGACUAUUCAUGGGGAGAGUACAGCUAUGGAGGUGGAUUUAGCUCUCACAUUGUGGAGAAUGUUAAGUUCCCAUUUGGUCUUCUGAGUAUUGGAUUUUCAGAACGUAUUGGAUAUGGAUCUGUUGCACCAUGUAUCAGUGGUAUGUUUCUAUUUGAAUUCCUUGUUUUGCAACAAGGGUAUUGGUAG